CUCUUGGUCCACGAAGCGUUUCGUUGUUUGCCAGGUACUUCCUGGUAACGCAGGCAGGAAAUAAAGAAAUAGAAAAUUCGGAAUCGAAACAGUCUGUAAUAAACAGGAGGGGGGAAAUACAGAAAUUAUAUUUAUCUUGCAACUUGAUUCUUCCUGGUCGGUGUUGCAACGCUUCGAUAGGAGGCUUUUAGCCACUUUUAGACCCGCACCGAUGGUGACAUAGGCUGGAGUUUGUACUGCGUUUCGAGACGUUUUCCGUUUAAAGAAAAAGAGCUGAAUAUGUUUGUUAUUAAAGGAAAAGUUGUUAAAACGAGCCCGGGAUCGAUGUUUCCGCGGGGAGUGUUUUUUAGUUUAGGCCAAGGACGUAAACUUCACUGAAAUCGUUCUGGGGGGGAGACAACAAUUUUCCCCACAACGCCACGUCACAAACUACAGUGAAACAGACGGAAAACAAGCUCCGGACAUUUCGGCAGGUUUUGAAUUGCAGGUGGUUGUGGACACAUCUUUAAAUUUAAUUAAGCGACAUCACAUUUUAAUAUAUUGAAAAAACAACCAUGGCGGCUUCCAAUUGCGGUCUGAUAAUGAACGUUGUAAACAGCAUCGUGGGAGUCAGUGUGCUGACGAUGCCUUUUUGCUUCAAGCAGUGUGGGAUUAUUUUAGGAACCUUGCUCCUGUUCUUCUGCUCCUGGAUGACCCACCAGUCCUGCAUGUUCCUGGUUCACUCUGCCAGCAGCACCAAGCGCCGGACCUACGCCGGGCUGGCUUUCCAUGCAUAUGGAAAAGCAGGAAAAGCCUUAGUGGAAACAAGUAUGAUUGGACUCAUGUUGGGGACCUGCAUAGCCUUCUAUGUCGUCAUUGCGGAUUUGGGGUCCAAUUUCUUUGCCCAGUUGCUGGGUCUCCAGGUGACAGGGAGUUUCCGUGUGUUUCUGCUAAUCGUCGUCUCCAUCUUCAUCGUGCUGCCACUGAGCCUUCAGAGGAACAUGAUGUCCUCCAUUCAGUCCUUUUCUGCCAUGGCUCUCAUAUUCUAUACCCUUUUCAUGUUUGUGAUAGUGUUGUCUUCACUGCGUUACGGGAUUAUCAGUGGGUCAUGGGUGGAGAAAGUGCACCUGUGGCGUGUCUCAGGGGUCGUUCAAUGCCUGCCAAUUAUUGCGACUACCUUCUGCUGCCAUCCGCAAGUCCUGCCCACCUACGACAGCCUGGAUGAGCCCUCUGUGAAAAGAAUGAGCACCAUAUUCACAUCUUCUCUCAAUGUGGUCACUACUUUCUACAUCACGGUUGGUUUCUUCGGCUAUGUGAGCUUCACGGAAGACAUUGAAGGAAAUGUGCUGAUGAACUUCCCCUCCAACCUGGUGACAGAGAUGAUCCGUGUGGGCUUCAUGAUGUCGGUGGCGGUAGGCUUUCCUAUGAUGAUUCUGCCCUGCCGACAGGCCAUCAACACCAUGCUCUUUGAGCAGCAGCAGAAAGAUGGCACCUUUGCAGCAGGGGGGUACAUGCCACCUCUCCGGUUUAAAGGCAUCACGCUUUGCAUCGUCUUUGGUACCAUGCUGGGUGGGAUCCUCAUCCCCAACGUUGAGACGAUUCUGGGUCUAACUGGAGCCACCAUGGGGAGUCUGAUCUGUUUUGUCUGUCCUGCCCUCAUCUACAAAAAGAUCCAGAAGAACGGGCUGUCUGCUCAGCUAGUGCUAUUGGUUGGCCUGGGGAUCCUGCUCAUCAGCACCUUCACCACUCUUUCUAUGUUCGGGAGCCAACCUGUGAAGGUGGAGUCCCCCGUUAACCUGGAUGACCAACAUGUACUCGACCAGUUAGUGGAGAAACCAGAGCCAGCCAAGAUCUCUGUGGAAAACCCGAUAGUGCAUGAGCCAAUGGACAAGCAGGAGAAACCAAACCCCCCCAGGGAGGCAGAGUUACCAGGCCAGAGGGAACCAGCAGAACCCCCCCAGAUUAAAGGACCGGUGGAGAUCCCAGAGAGGAAGAAGGAGGAGGAGGUUCAGCUGGAUCGACCCGAUGCAGGUGUGGCAGUGCCUGUUGGGGAAGCCCACCGUCAUGAGCCGCCCAUCCCUCAUGACGAGGUGCUUGUGGAUGAGAGGAAAGACAAGGAGGAACUGGAGAAGAACGAGCCUGCCCAGGAGGCCGGUCAGGGUGUGGCGCAGGGGCGUGCAGAGGAGGAAGAAGAGCAGAAAGGAGCACCGGAAAGAGAGGCGGCCCAGGGCCUUGAGAGCCACAAGAAGGAAGACCAUGCAAAGGCAGGGGAGCGCGCCCAGGGGAACGCGGUUGAGCCACAGCAGGAAGGGAAGGACAUCAAGGACGGACAGGAAGGACAACGGAUGAAGCCAGCUUAUAAGGACCUGGAGGGUGCUGCCCAGCAACAGCAGGCUCCUGAAAAAGAGGUGCACCCUGGAAAUGCAGGGGAGAACAUGGCAGUGAACCCCAAAGAAGCAGACAAGGCCCCCAAGAAAUCAGUAGGAAAAGGUGGCCAGCCGCACGGGGGGCCUGAACCAGAGGAUCAUGGGCAGGGAGAGGACAGAGCUGAGAGGAACUUGGAGGUAAAGGAAAUGGGACCAGAGGACAAAGUAGAUGAAAUUAAAAAGCUGGUAGCAGAGGUGCAGCAGGAGGGGAAGCUGGACCAAGCCAAGCUGCUGGAGGUGCUGAAGGAGCAGCAGGAGCAGCAGAAGAGGCUGUUGGACCAGCAUGAGAAGCUCUUGGCUGUCAUCCAGGAGCAGCACAAGGAGAUUCACCAGCAGAAACAGGACGGAGAGGAGGAAAGGCCCCCAGAGGAGCACCCAGAGGCCCAGGCACCACCAGGAGAGCAGCUGGCUGAGAAGCCCGAACCCGAGGGUCAAAACCCUCAGGGCCUGGCAGUAGAUGGCCCAGUGGGGGCAGGAAGGGGCGCAGCGCUGGACACUGACCAGCGAGAAGGGGGUGCUGACAACAGGGAGCGCGCGGGUGGCGGGGCGUCCCACCACAAGCCGGCCCAAGAGGAUGCCCCUCAUCACCCAGGACGGAACGCGGAGGAGGUGGACCACAGCGGCCCUAAAGAUGGGACGAACAAGGAAGAGCAGCACAAGGAGGUGCCGCCGGAUGCCGCAGCCAAGCCGCUGAAACCAAACUGGGGGCAGGAGAACCAGCCUGUGAAGGCUCACCAGCAGCAGCCAAGGGAGGGAGAAGCUGGGCACCGAUUUGAUGAGGCAAAGCCCGACGUGAAGGUUGGGGUGGCGGUGGGUGUGCAGAAAGAAGUUGGAGCCAGAGGAGUACCCCUGGGUCAGAAGAAGCCCCCAGCUGUAGAGCAGGCUCAGCCCAAGCCCCACCAUGAACAGCUGGCCGGAGAAGGAGAGAAGCAGCAAGAGAAGAGAGCAGAGCAGGCAGAGGUGGCAGUGAAACGCAGAGAGGCCGAUGAAGGGGACAAGGAGAUGGAGAAGGAGGAAGACAAGGAAGGAGAGAUGCAGCGUGCCAGAGAUGCCCAACAGGCCGUAGAGGAGGUGAAGGCCAGAGCAGCAGCCGAGCAGGAAUCUCUGAAGAAGGGUGGAAGGGACCUAAAGCAAGACACACUGCAGAGGCCAGAGGUACGGCAGCCGCCUGCAGAGGAAGAGGAAGAAGGGGCAGCGGCAAUGGAGGAAGAGCAGCCGCUCGGCAAAGACAAGAUCUUGGAGCAGAAGCAGCCACGGGACACGGAGCCCAAGGGGAAUCCGCCGAGAGACCCGGGGGGAAUGGAUCUCAAGAGGAGGAGGCGGGAGCUGGGGGGGGGUGGGGGCGGGGUCCCGGGGCUGGAGCCCCUGCUGGAGCUGGGGGGGUCGGACCUGCACGCCGCUCUUGAGGGCCAGCUGCUCGGGGGGUCGCUGGUUCACACCCGCCAGAUCAAACAGGAGCCCCAGUCCGAACAGGAGAAAUAAUACAUUCAGCGCCCAUCCCAGAACCAAGCCCCUGCCUCCCUCCUCACCCCCCCUGCACACGACGUGGAGGCGGCUCUGCCCAUUCAGAACCCAUGACUUGAAGGACCGAGAGCCCAAGCUUUUCAUCGCCCUGAAGCUCCAAGGGCUUGAGCUUGAGCUGCAGCUGGCUGUGUUCUGCUUUUCUUUUGUAUUGGCUGCUGCCUUCUUAACAUCUGAAGCAUAUGUCCACAGCCAAAAUGUUGUACGAAGAUCAAGGCAAGCUUUGAACAUUAGAGUGUUCAGCAUGGUUUGCUGUGGGAGGAUGCAUUGACAAAUUGAAACCGUUUUAGACCUUGCAGCUGGCUAAACCCAGACAGAAGAGACAGGAACUCCCAUCCCAUCCCUCCCUUAUUUUUGUUCACAGUAUGGAUUAUUUGAACGUACAGCAGUAAGACAUUCCACGUCGCAGACAAGUCCGCAGUUUGGGAUGACAGGGGUGUUCUGGUUAAAUGGCGGGGUUCCAUGACACAACAGGAACGUUUCCCUAGCAAAACAAAGCACAGCCCAAUCGUAAAGGUUAAAAACUGUUAAAAAUAUCAAGACUUGUACACUGAACACAUUGCAGUGGAAUCUCGGUUGUUACCUCGAUGUCUGUCUCCAGUUUCUAUGCCACUGUGAUGACAGCUGUCAGAUGACAGAAGACUGCCACCAAGCUCUUGUAUGAAGCCUUUUGCUACAGUUAAAAAUUUACUUUCUAGACCAUUUUCCCCAAAAUACAGUAAAAACUUUCUGCAAAUUUGGGGAGAAAAUUUCAGCAAAUGCUACAUUUACUACCAGAUUUAUUUUCCUUGGAGAAAAAGUGAGGACGUCUUGGGAAUGUGCUAAUGUGGAGCACAGUGGGUGCGGCUUUUUGUUUUUCAUUUGUAAAACCAUAAAUGUUGCAAACCAUUAACUAUGAACCUUCUCCCAGUUGAGAGACUAAAAUAACAUUCCAAAUGGCUUUGUGACAUUUUUUUUCCUCCCACUUACAAAGCAUGUUUCAAGCUGCUUGUCAGUGCUGGGUCUGUAAAAUCCGUCCUGUUCCAAGCAAAUCUUACAAAACCUCAGUGGAGCUGACUCGAAUCCACUGCCAUCAGCAGCAAUGGACUGUUUUCAUAAAAUACCUUUUAACCUGAGAAAACCAGGCGUUGACUCAUGUCUAAAUUAUCUGGAGUUCUUUGAAGUCAGCAGGCGUCUUGUGUCCAUUAGUCAGAAAAGGUGCUAAUGACAGUUCAGUGAAAGUGAAUUGCCAACAGUGUUCUCUGCAAGAGCCCUUAUUGUAAAAUCACCAAGACAUUCAGUCUUUCUCCCCUGGUACCGGUCAGUCAGAGCCCCGCUUGGGGAAACAACCUGUCUCGGUACCACACCUUCAGUAGGCAGGAUUACUGGGCAUCUUAUUUUUCCAAAAAAGCUGUCAACCUUAGAAACAAUAUGUUCCGUCCUGGAUUAACUGUGAAUGCAAGGAAAUGUGUACAAAAUAAACGAUAAAACCAAAGUGGCCAUAUAUUAAUUGGAGGUUCCUCAGCCACACUAGAACAAUCCAUAUCGUCAAAUCAGCCUGAAAGGGCUUUUAAAAUCUCUUCAUCUCCAAAGGCCUUCCUUGAAAUGUGUGGGUAUGUAUGUUUGAGCAUGGCUUUUAAUAGAGAAGUAGAAUAUACGUAGAGGAUAGGAUCAUCCAUAUGAAAUCUGUAACUUUACAUUCCAUUUUCUUUUACCGUGACCAAUACAAAGACAAAAAAGUAGAUAUGCAUGGCAAUGUACUUAUCAGUUAACCUAAGUGAAUCAAGUUUUUAUUGUUCCAGUUUAAUUUGGAUGUCUUGUUGUUUAUCCAAGGGGGGAAGCGGAGUCGGUUGUACUUGAUUAUACUGGUUCCUUUAGAACAAGGGUCUCCAACCCUGGUCCUGGAGACCACCAGUCCCCAACCAGGUCUCAGAGUUCACCCAGAAUCGCCCGUUUUUAAAGACUGGCUCAAGAUGUAAGUUAUGAAUCAAAUCAAUCAAACACGUAAUAUGCUCAAAUAAAGGAAAUCUGGUCUGGUAAAUUUCCAAUUUAAACAAAUUGCUUGUCAAUUCCUCACAAAGGAAUUAUUUUGAGUCUUUAGAAACUUAUGAUUUGUUGGUUAUCUAUUAAAUCUGCUGCACUGUCUCUGCAGGAGUGGAGAUAAAGAUGCCUGUAUUACAGGCUAAAAACUGCUUGUUUGGGAAUAGAAGUUUGUUUAACCUUGGAGCUGAUUGAUGAUGCUCUUAAUGUCCACUUCAUGCCUCUUUUUCCAUAGGCUUGACAUCAUCUUGGAAUGUGUUUGUGCAUUUGCAUUUGUUUUGAUGGAAAUGUAUGUAUUGUAGUCCCAUUCAGUGCAAUCUUAAUGAAAAUCCCAAAACCCAUUCAAACAUAUGCAUUUGUGUAAGGUAUUCUGCUUGCAUCUAGAUUGAAGUUUUGUCAAUGAACAUUUGAAGAAGGUACAGUUUGCUGACUGUGAAGUAUACUUUUUUUUCCUCCUCUGAAGGAUUGGUCUGAUUUUGAGUUGGUGACAAAAACAGUCAAGUUCAUAUUGCUUUUGUGCAAAAGUAAGUAGGUGUGUGUUAGCUCCUGAAUUUGCUGCCUAAAUACACCAGUUUUUCUUUCCCCAUUUCUGAUCUGGGUUUGAAAAAACAGCACAGAAACUGUUCUACUCUCUCUGUAACCAGACAGUUUUUGCUGUUUUUCACAGGCCUUGUAUGAGCAGACAUUUCGUGCUGGCACGAAGAUGAGACCUGAUAUCGUGCAGCUCGUCAACGUAAACUGUUCACACUCUUACAUAACAUUCCAGACCCUCGUCCUGAAUGUUGUUGAUCUUUAGUGCCUUAUUGUCGUUAUAAUGUACUGCAGAAUUGUGUUUCAUGUAGUGUAUGUCGUGUUCCAUCCAUGUUUGAAGAGUUAUAAAUGAACCUGUCACAGGUGUACUUACUGUUUUGUGCCUCUGUCACAAAACAGCAGUAAAUGUGUCUACCAGCAACUUGGUAUCCAGGCUUGAAAUACAAUAUGCAGAAUGUUGUUUGGUGUUGUAUGGCUAGAACUUUAAAGCUAAGUGUUGAAGUUAGCAUUUUUUCAGGGAUCUUUCUGAACUGCUUUUUGUUCCAAAAAACUAGCAGAUCAGUACCUUUUCUAGUUUUUCCAUCUGUAAAAUCAGUCAUGUGGUUGUCUCAUUUUGAAAAAUUCUGGGAUUGUGCUGUGACACUGCUUAACUCCAAGCCAAACUCUUCCAACUGUUUAUUGGUGCAGAAAACAAAAUAGUUGCUCUACUUGCACAGAUUUAUAUUUUUUUAAUCUGAAUAGUGCAUCACAAGGACAGUACUAAAUUAUUAAGUUAUUAAGUUGCCUAAGGUUCAAGUAUAUCAAGGCAAUCCUUUAAUAUACAUAAAACUAUUUACAAGGACUCUGCCUGCUUUGGAGAAGAUGAGAUUCCUGUGGACCAUCAACUGUCUUGAGAUGCGAUUUCACAUCUAAACUACCAAUGAAAGACGAGACUAGAAGUAAUUGGAUUUCAAGUGUUCAGCAUUGUUCCUAAUGCAUACCAAAGUCACCAGAUUAACAGUAAACUAAAUAUAACAGUGGCAAAUAUUUUAUUUGUAUUUUGCGAACAUAAGUAUUCAUGACCACUUUGGUGUUGAUAUGACAGCUGACAUGCUCCUCCACACCGUGUUAAUUAGAGCCACUUGUCUUUUGGCACAGUGCAAGCACCACGGUGCCUUACAGGAGAGAGAAAGAGCUAGUGCCGAUGGGAGGAGCGGCCUGUCCCAAGAGCUACAUUUCUACCAGUUGUGUGCUGGGGACUCCCAGUCACAGAUGGCAGUAACAGUUUUUACAGUAUGUAAUAAUGUAAGGGGUAUAACUUAUGUGUUUGCUUUAACUUUUACCUAGAUGAAACUCAAGCUCACUACCUCUGUACCCAUGUUGACUUGCUAAGUGCUCCAAUAUCUUGUAUAAAAUACUGUAAAUCUUGUAUUUCUGAGACCACAGUGCAUUAUGUUUUCAUGUAAAAGGCUUAGGUUGGUACAUAUGAAAUUCCCUGCUCUCAAACCCACUGAUUUGGGUUUUUGACUGUCACCCUCCAGGCACCAUGCAAAAUAGAAAAUAAGUGCAAAAAUAGGCAAAAGCAGUCCUUUCUUGUAACACAUGCAAUAGAGAUUACUUUGUGAAGCUUGCAAAUGCUUUUUUGAUAAGUAGCUGGGGUGAAAAAUUAAUAAAAAGGUUUGCAUGCUAAAUUGAUAAAACCAACUGCGCAAGAAGUUACAGUAAAACUCAAUUUUUAAAUGUUGGAAGAUUUGAUGUACUGUUUGUACUGAAUUUCUAAACCAAUUCAUUGAUUGUCAUAAGGCUUCUUUUUUUUUUGCAAAAAAGUCUUUCAAAAAACUGAUUUCAUGUACAAUAAAUAUUUUGAAAAUCA